GAGGUUCAUGGGUCAGACAGACUGAUGAGAGAAAACUCAACAGUGAGCCGAGGUCGAGGUGAAGGAUAUGUGCAUCAUGGAAAGCUCUUAAUUUGGCAGAAUGUUCUGCAGGAUGCUGAAACUGAAGAAAACAAGUCUACAAAGGGUUCCCCGGGUGAUGAUGCACAUUACCAGUCAGACAUGGGUUGGGAGACGGAACACUUUCAAGGAGCAGGUGAUGACUUCUCAAGGCCGCAUGGUGAUGCAGUAGAACGUCUCCUGAAAAUGGAACUAAAUGUUGAAUGUACAAGAGAUGCAAUGAAGCUUCAUGUCCAGAAUGCUGCUUCUGCUCCUGGAUCUCUGUUCUCUGUGGACAGAGGCAAUUACCUGUCUUCUCUGCCAUUGUCCACAUUGCCACCAAGCUGUGGGUAUACGAUCAGGUCAACACAGACGGACUUGUCCUUAGUUGCACCGUAUGAUGGCUGCUUUGUAACUCUAGAGAAAGACGUUUAUAUUCUACCGUUACUUUGGUGUGGAGUACGAUUGAGGAUGUUAUGUCCUUUGACACAUUCUUCGCCCAACCCGCCAAUGGUCACGUGUCAUGCUGGGGGCAUGGUGGUGAAAACCGACUGGACCACACCUAUCAGCAAAGUUAAAGUCAACUUAAAAGGUCAGUGGGAGCCACUGAUGAAAGCUGCAUCUAGAUGUGGGUUCAGUGUUGAUGUUCAUCCUGAAGGUGUGGUUGUUUCUGCACGCUAUGAGCCAUGUCUUCACAAAAAGGAUGGGAUGUACACUAUGUCACUGACUGGAGAUAAUGAAACUAGAAUUUCUUGUCCAGCACUGUCACCAACUCCUUCUGAAUCUGUCAACAGUCUAGGAGUUGGGCAGUUUCAGCAACUGUCUUACACUUAUCACAUUGGUCCAGCCGUUGCUCCCAGUGAAAACUUAAAUGGUCCCACAAAUCUUGCUGUUCCCCACAUCUCAGGACAACAACAAGAAGUACCUCAGUCUCUGCCUUACUUUCCUUUUGUCCCCACUCAUGGUCAGGCGUAUCCACAGUAUCCAGAAAUGAGAGGACCUCCAGUAGCCAACAAACAUGAUCUGCAGUCUGGACAGACAUUUCCCACUGGGAGGGCAAAGACUCCUGAGGAACAAAUCAAAUGGCCAUUAAAUCAUUCACCAAAUUACCCAUGGCCAGCACAACAGCCUGUUGGGCCACAUAAUCCUGAAUAUGCAUUCCUACCAACAUGGCCUGUAUUGAAACAUAUGGCUACUGCAGGCAGUCCUCCGGUUUAUCAGCCUGAAGAUGAUGCUAAGCAUCCAUCAGUAAUUGAUGCUCAAUCAGAAAAAAUCAAAGAUCACUUUGCUAAAUACUCAUUUUACCCCCAAUAUGAACCUUCUCAGAAAUCAGAACACAUCCAAAAUGCUGAUAUUGAUGGCCAAAACCCCCAUCCACUGGUUCAAUUUCCUCUAUACUUUGGGCAACCAAAGCCAUCAAUGUCUGAAUCUCAAAAACAUACACUUUACCCACAGUAUUAUGACUCUCCCAAACAGUCUUCUCCUGACAGUCUUUUACCAGGAGGACUACAGCAGCAACCAUUCCCUUUCAACCCCCCGCUUAUAAAGCCUUUAGUUUAUGAAUCUCCUCAACAAGAACUGCAACAGCCGCUUGGCCAACAUUUAACUGAUCAGUUUUACCCUCCAGUUAAGACUCAAGGCUCUCAUCAGGAGUAUUCACCACCCAGACCACAUCCAGAGGUGUCAAAACUCGAUGGCCCUUCAGAUCUGUCACCUGAAAAGUCUACAAGCCAAGAGACUAGAACUUACCAGCCUCUCAUCCCACUUCCUUUUUACAGUCAGCCACACCUGCCAGAAGUCUUUCAGGGUCAAGUGCACCAGACAUUCUAUCCAUACCCUUAUCCCUUUGAUCAGUCAUCUGAAAAGCCAAUAGAGCCCUCAUUUACUGAAAUAUCUAAGGGACAAGUGCAUCAAUCAUUUCACACUCCACAGCCAAUGAUACCAGGUGCUGUAAAAAGUGCUGACAUGUUUGACCAACAUCCAGGUAAAGACGGUGUAGCUCAUCCCCCACUCUUCCCACUUCCUUUAUAUACCCAGCAAUGGCAUCCUGGAGUCCCUCACAGUGAAGUGCAUAAACUAGUCUACCCAUAUCACUUUGAUCAGUCAUCUGAAAAGUAUGUCAUGCCUCCAGUUACUGAGAUCUCUAAGGGACAAGUGCAUCAGUCGUCCUAUUCUAAACAGCUGACGGGUGAUGAAACAAAUUUGAAAAUACCAGACCAACCUACAGAAUCUGCUACUACCCAAACUUUAAAAGGCUCUGAGCCUGAAACUUUACCUGCUGGCUAUAAAAUGCAACCACAAGAGCUCACUCUGACCAGUAAGGUACAACAUCAGCAAUCUAUUAUGAAACAAAGUAAAUUUGGACUGGAUUCUCAAGGUCUUCAGCCAGGCACUUCUUACAUGCCACCUGUUUAUUGUCCCCAAAUUUGUCCAGCUGGACUUUCUCAUUGCUGUAUCCAAAUUGCUUUCCAUCAGCAUCAUCACUAUUUUUUUCCUCCUGGGCCUGGCAGUAAAGAUGCUUCUCCAGUCUAUACAGGGCUCCCAAGCCUUCUAGGAAUGACACGUUCUGGUCUUGGCUAUAAUUUAAGGUCUGGUCCCCUUACUGUAAAUCAAACAGAAAUGACAAAUGAGCAGUUUCACACAACUUCUUCUACACCUGUUCCAACUGAAAGCCAGUAUGAUUGGCAGACACCUGAUGGCAAUCCUGCAACCAUAUCUGAAAGUGAUCCCAACAAGUUUACAAAGCCUGAACUGUCAAUGCACCCUUAUCUUGUGCCACAUAACUUGCAGUAUCCCAGCUGGCCAUAUCAACAAGGGCAACUCUUUCCACCAGUGUUCAAAGUGCCUUCUGAACAUGCAGUUCACAAUGAAAAUCCAAUGCAAGAGUUUGAGUCCUACAAGAUGCAUCCCCUAACUCAGCAUUACAAUGAAUUAAGCUCUGAGGAUGGUAACCUUCCCAACUAUGAGCAAUACAUGCAGCCAUAUUUUAUAUCUGACAUUUCUCAUUACCGACAAUCUGAUGAAGCAAAACCACAAAACAAAAUGUCAGGUGAAGAUUUGCAGCCUUCUCUUAAAAAGUCAAGUGAAUCCGAAGCUGAAAAGCUUAAACAGAAAAGUGAAUCAAGUCCUUCACUGAUCCCCUAUGACCCACUUCAAGAUGAUCAAGCAUCAUUCCACAAAUUGGCAGUCUCUAAAAACUCCUCCCAACCGGAGUCAUCUGUGACAGACCCAAAAAACACUACACAUCAACAGAUGGUACACUCUCAUUUUGAACCAAAAGGCUAUGUAUUAUUUCACCGUGGUCCCCCAAGUAGGAAGUCUGGCAGUUCAGACUACUUGUUUCAUUCUGAAAAUUCAGAUCACAAAAGGAGCAACUUGCUAGCACACGUCCUAACAAAGCAUCACAGAAGUAAAUCCCAAGGGCCAGAGAAUUUAAAGAAACCACAGGGAAAAAUGGAGCACUCGAAAUGGAUGGGGAAAGGAUCGUCUGAAUACUUAGUUGAAGACGAAAACAUACGAAGUUCCGGCAACAAAGAAACAGAUGUGCCAUUGACUUUCUCCGCUACAGAUGGGUUUUAUUUUGGACAUUUGCCUGAAGAACCCUCUUUCUUGCCAAAUUUGAAUCCUGAAUUCCGCGAGUCUGUUAAAGAUGUCAAGAUACACAACACGCCUCUGGGCUCCAGCCCCAGGAAUCCACUUCAGUUUUCUCUGAAAAAUCUUCAGUGAAGGACUGAACCAACCCAGUGAAGGAGAUAUUGUAAAUCAGAUGCAUCAGUGAGUUAUAGUGUUACUGAGAAUAAAUGACUAAAAUUCA